UUGUCAGAUACAAGGGUAAAUGAGUCAAAUGAUCAAUUGAUUUCAUUAAGAGCACCUGAAACACUAUUCACUUUCAGAGAUAACAAUCAUACCAAAGAAGAAAAGUUAUUACUUUCAAAAUUUGAAAAUGAAGUAAUGCAAAAUUCAGACGCAACAGCAGUAUUAACAAAAUUGAGACUUGAAACAAAAGAAAAAUAUUUAUAUCAAAUUAAAAGAUAUAUAAGAUUUUGUGCUAAACAAGGACAUAAUGACUUUUUAAUAAAAUUGGAUAGAGUCAAUUCUUUAAUUGAAUUUGAAAUUAAUAAAAGAGGAUUUUUAAGUGAAAAUACUGUAAAAAGUAUUAGAUCUCCUUUAAAUAAGCUAUUUUAUAUGAAUAAAAUAGUUUAUUUAUCACAACAACCAGACGAAUAUUUGGGAGAUAACUUUAUUAAAAGUAUAAUGUCAAAACAAUUAGGACAACAACAACAACAGCAGCAGGUUUCCCAACAAUCACAAUUACCUCAACCAUUAACUCCAAAUCAAUUAAGCCAACCACAAAAAUUGAAAGAAGGAAACUCUGGUACAAAUAGUGGUGGGGGUAGUGGAAAUUCAAGUGGAAAUUCAACUUUAUUUAAUUUAAUUGAUUCUAAUCGAUCAAAAUCAAAUACAUCAACUUCAACAACAUCAGUUUCGUCAUCAAAUGUUAACAAGUCCAAUCUAUCGUCAACAGAAUCAAAUACUCCUCAAACAAAAUUUGAACCCCCAGAUCAAACUCAAUCCACUUUUGAAGAUUCAAACAAAACAACAACAACCUUAUCUUCUUCGUCAAAUACUAGCGAAAGUUUACCAUCAAAAAUUUUCAAGACAAGCGAAAGUUUGAAACAUAGAAUUACAGAAGAAGAAUCAAAGCUUUUACUCAAAUUCAAUGAUGAAGUUUUAGAGAAUAGUAAAACUCAAGACAUUUUAUCAAAUUUGACUGGUAAUACCUUCAAAUCUUAUGCAACAGAUAUCAAAAGAUUUAUCAGAUUUUGUGCAAGAAAAGGUAAAAGUGAUUUUUUAAUAGAAGAAGGGAUAUUAACUAGAUUUUUAACAUUUGAGACCAAGAAGAGUAAGAAAAAUAAGAUUAAAAAUUUAAGAACAAGUUUAUUAAAAUUGCAUCAAUUAAAUUGUUUAGCUUAUGAUUUAGAAUAUUCUGAAGGUGAUAUUAUUUUUAUGAUGAAUAAAUUUUUAGACAACAAUCAUCAUACUUUAGAUUCAAAUACUGAUAUGAAUACAAUUUCAAAUCCAAUCACAAAUGUAAAUACUGAAAAUGAAACAAAUGAUAAUUUAGAUAUUAUUGAUGAAAAAAGUAUUUUAUAUGAAGAUGAUGAAGAUGAAGAUAAUGAAUUAGUUAAAAAAUUAAAAGGGUAUUAUGAAACAACAAAUAUUUUAAAUGGAUUAUCUGAAACGAGUAAAAAAAUUUAUUCAAAUGAAUUUAACCGAUAUGCAUUAUUUGUUAGUGAAAAAUUAAAUUUAGAUAAUUUUAAUUUAACUGGUGAAUUAAUUCAAAAAUUUUUUGUUGAAGAUAUAAUUAAAAGAACUCCAACUAUUUCAUCUAAAAAAUUAACAGAGAUCUUAAGUAGAUUUAACAGAUUACAUAAUUUGAAUGUUGAAUUAAAUCCUGCAUUACCUAAAACAAUUGAAGAUAUUGAUGUUGUUAAAAAUUUUUUAAAAGAAUAUGGUGCAAAAAAUAAUAGGGUUGCUACAAGUACUGAUGAUGUGGUAGAAACAAGUCAAGCUGCUGUUGAUAAAGAAACUAAAGCAAGUUUUGAAACUGCUGCCGCGUCAGGGCCAACAAAUAACGCAUCUAAUGCUGUUGAAACAAGUAGUUCAAGUAGUACAAGUAGAAAUGGAGCUGACACAUUAUCUGGAGCUUCAACUUCAUCUGCUGAGACAAGUUUACCACAGUUGAAUUAUCCAAGUGAACCAUUAAAUCAAAUAAACGUUGGUUCUUCAUCAUCAGAUCAAACAAGUAGUGGUGAAAUCACAAAAUCCUCAAGAAGAAAACAAGGUUUAGCUGCACAAAUUCCAUUAUUAAGUAAACCAAAACCUGUUUUUCAUUCAUAUAGUUCAAGACCAGAUGUGUUUGAAUCCACAACUUCAACAACAAGUAGCAGUUCAGGUGGUGAUAAAUCAAUUGAAGACAAGAACAAAAAUAGAUUACAAAGAGUGGUUGAACAUCAAUAUGAAGAACAAGCACCUCAACAAAUUCACACUACAAUUGAUGAGCCAACUCAAGGGUCUUCAAAAGUUAUGUAUCAUAGAAUUGAAUCAAGAGUCGAAGACGAUGAUGAUGAUUUCGAAUUUGAUGAUGACGAUGACGACGAUGACGAAGAUGGAAAUGAUGAUGAAUUUCCAAAACCAAAAGACAAAAAAGAUGACGAAACUCAAAUUAGAUCAAAUAAGAAUUACUUACCACAUCAUAAAAGUAUUGGAGAUAAAGAGUCAACUAUUAGUAAACGUCAAAAAUUGGAAAUUUUGCCAGAAACAAAUGAUACAAUCCCCAAAUUUGUAAUGAAUAGAAACAUUGAAACAAUAACUCAAGUAGUUGAAGAAUGGUCACUAAUUGUAAAAAGAAAUAAUAAGUAUAAUGGAAUUGGUUGGAUUAAAACUAUAGUUGAUUUUCAAUUUUAUAACAGACAUAAAUUAAUAAUUGAAUUAAUUGAAGAUGUAUUACCAGGAAUGGAUGAAAAAUAUCAGAAUAUGAAAAUUGAACAAAUCAUUGAUAAUAAUAUAGUUUAUGAACUAGCUUCAAUUUUUGAUCAAUAUUUAAAAAGAAAAGACUUGUCUUUAGACAAAUUCAUUAAAAAAUGUGAACAAUUACCUGUUUAUACUAAAAAGGAGUUUUUAAGAAUUUUAUCUAGAAGAAAAACUAGUCAAAGCCCUUGA